AUGCACCUCGGCCAUGGCGAAGCCCCUGAGGAGGUCGAUGGAGGCGACAUGAACGUGGAUCUGGAGCUGGAAGACUGGGAUGUCAUGGAAUACGAGGAUCUUCGACUCGAUCCAGGAUCGCCACAAAAGGCCCUCGCGACGUUUGCACGCGCGAGCAAAGCUUCCCCGUACGACCCCAUGCUACUUUCCCACUACGAAGCCGUCAUCUGCAGUAGCUCAACAUUACUGGACGAUGAGAGGAACAAUCCCUACAGACAUGUUCUGCUGCCCAUGGCCUUGGACUCUCCCGGUGUCUAUCACGCGACUCUAGCCAUCUCGGCAAAUGUCCUCCGCUUGGGGCAGCCGGAGUAUGCUGUGGUCGCCCUCGACCAUCGACAGAAGGCUUUGCGAAGAUUGAUAACGCUUCUAGAGAAUGGAGGCGCCGAUACUAGCCGCGAGAUGGACGAGAUGCUUGGUUUGGUUCUGAUGCUAUGUUGGUUCGAGAUAUCGGACGGCUGUAGCCCUUCAUGGGUGAAACAUCUCAAGGGCUUUCGCAGUCUCAUCAACCGACACCGAACAAUCUGUUCACAAGGGUCACAGCACAGUCUGAAUCUGGAACAGUUCUUCAUGCGAUACUUUGCUUUCCACCUGGUCCUGGCCAAGACCACAUUCCGCCCCGAGGAACCCGACUCCGAGGGCGCGACACUGCAGACCGGGACGCCGAGCUCCUCGAUAUCGGACGAUCAGACGUCCGUCCGCCACCCAAGCGAAGAUCCGGCCUCGGGCAGGCAAGCAAAGUCUUUCUCCUCAUCAUCUCUAUCCUCGCACAUGCACGAGGACACGAUGGACGAGAUCGACCCGUACAUGGGCUUCAGCAACCGACUUCUCCUCUUGAUCAACGAGAUAACCGGCCUCGUGCGCGUGGGCAACACGGCCGACAACAACACGCUCUUCACCAACCAAGCGCGGCACCUCAAAUCCAGCCUCGACAACCUACACCAACACCUCCCGGCCUUCCCCGCAGUGGCCGCAUCAGCCUCACUCUCAGCCUCACCCUGCAGCCCGACCACCCAGAGAGACUUCGCAUCCCGCACGCGUGCCAUGGCCGCCACGGCCGAAACCUACCGCCACGGCGCACUCGUGCUGCUGCACCACAUCCUCUCGCAGCCCCACCCGGCGGCAUCCAUCUCGAGCCACGUGGUCAUCCACGUGAAGGAGCUACAGGCCGCCAUCCGGUCCAUCCUGCACACAAUCUCGACGCACCUGGACGACAUGGUCCACACGGCCGCCCUGCCCCUCUGGCCGCUCUUCCUCGCCGGAUGCUGCGUCGACGACGAAGACCAGCGCAUGACCGCCCUGCGCGUCUUCGAGACGACCGAGCAGCGCAAGCGCUUUGGGAACGUCACGCCCGCGCGGCAGGUCAUGGAGAUGGUGUGGCGGCAGAGGGAUCUCGGGAGGGAUCAACGGCGGUCCGCCGCGAGUGCCGCCGCGAGGAGGAACUCCGAUCCGAAAGUCCUGGGCAUGUAUGAGUGGGAGAGGGCGUCGCUGCUGUUGGGUGGCUGGAAGAUUAGCUUGACGUGA